AUGGGCUGUAAGUCUCCCAGAUCUGGUCUCAUCUGCAAGCUGGAGACCAUGAGCCCCAUCUUAGAAAAGGGUUGGGAAGAUGCAGUGAGCCAGCUCCACAAAGUGCCUGACUUAUUUGGCCCAGGCCUGAGUACCCAGGAGGAGCCUCCCACUGUCGUGGUGCAUGGAGUUGCUGGAAUUGGGAAGUCAACACUGGCCAGGCAGGUGAGGAGAGCCUGGGAGGAAGGCUGGCUGUUCAAGGACCUCUUCAAGCAUGUCUUCUACUUCAACUGCAGAGAGCUGGCCCAGUCCGAGACCAUGAGUCUCGCUGAGCUCAUCACAAAAGACUGGGCUGCUCCUGAUGCUCCCAUUGGGCAGAUCCUGUCUCAGCCAGAGCAGCUGCUCUUCAUUCUUGAUAACUUAGAUGAACCAAAAUGGGACUUGAAGGAGCAGAGUUCUGAGCUCUGUCCACACUGGAGCCAGCAGCAGCAGGUGCACACACUGCUGGGCAGUUUGCUGAACAAAACCUUACUUCCCACGGCUUCCCUGCUGAUCACAGCUCGGAUCACAGCUCUGUGGAGGCUCAAACCUUCUUUAAAGCAUCCUCGCUGGGUGGAGGUCCUGGGAUUCUCUGAGUCGGCCAGGAAGGAGUAUUUCUUCCAAUAUUUCACAGAUGAAUACCAAGCGAUUAGAGCCUUUACCUUGGUUGAAUCCAACCCGGCUCUCUUCACCAUGUGUCUCAUGCCCUUGGUGUCCUGGCUGGUCUGCACUUGCCUGAAGCAGCAGAUGGAGCAGGAGCAACCACUCUCACUGACCUCCCAGACGACCACAGCCCUCUGUCUCCAUUACUUUUUCCAUGUUCUCCAGGCUCAGUCCCUCGCGACUAAGUUGAGAGGCUUCUGCUCUCUGGCUGCUGAAGGCACCUGUCAAGGAAAGACUCUGUUCAGCCUCAAGGACUUCAAGAAACACGGGUUAGAUGCUUCCAUCAUCUCCUUUCUCUUAAACAUGGGUGUUCUUAAAGAGCACCCCAACCCUCGGAGCUACAGCUUCAUUCACCUGUGCUUCCAGGAGUUCUUUGCAGCAAUGUCCUAUGCUUUAGGCGAUAGAGUGUUGGAAAGUAGUCGCUUUACAAGCAUCAAGUUUAUAACAUACUUGACAGAUGUAUAUGACAAGCGUGACCUGUUUGGGAAACCAACCACAUGUUUCCUGUUUGGUCUUUUGAGUGAUCAGGGGAUGAGAGUGUUGGAGAGCAUCUUCAAAUGCAGCCUGUCACGGGAGAGGCAUUCCUAUCUGCUGCAGUUGACCCAGAGGGAAGUUAACUACAAGCAUCGUAACCUUGAGCCAUAUUGUUGGCACUUGCUGCACUGUUUUUAUGAGAAUCAGGACACACGUUUUCUGACAGAAACGAUGUCCAGUUUCUAUAGAAUGAGGAUAUGUGUCCAAACUCACAUGGAGCUCCUGGUGUCCACGUUCUGCUUUAAAUUCUGCCAUCGCAUGGAGACGCUUCAACUGAAUGAUGGUGGAGAGGAAACACUAGCUCAAAGGCCUUCAGGUGUAGUUCUGUACAGCUGGGGCCCGUUUACAGAUUCCUGGUGGCAGAUGUUCUUCUCUAUUCUCAAAGUCCCUAGAAGCCUGCGGGAGCUGGACCUGAGUGGGAAAACUCUGAGCUGCUCUGCAGUACAGAGUCUUUGUGACGCCCUGAAAAGCCCUCACUGCCGCCUGGCGACCUUGACGUUGGCCAACUGCGGCCUCACAGCAGAAGGCUGCAGGGCCCUUGCCCGUGUGCUGAGCGACAACAGGCACCUGAUAGAGCUGGACCUGAGCUUCAACAAGCUCCUGGACGCUGGAGCCAGACACCUAUUCCAGGAGCUGAGACAUUCUCACUGCAAGCUGCGGCGACUGCUGCUCGUCAGCUGCAACCUCACACCCCGCUGCUGCCAGGACCUGGUCUCCAUGCUCAGUAACAACAUCAUGCUGAUAGAGCUGGACCUGCAGCAGAACGACUUGGGCGACCUCGGUGUGAGGCUGCUCUGUGAAGGACUCAGGCAGUCUAACUGCCACCUCAAGUACCUGUGGGUGGACGGGACUCGGCUGAGUGCGGAGGUGACAGAGAUGCUGAGGCUCCUGCAGCAGGAGAAGCCUCAUCUGAUCAUCAAUUAUGGGUACUUUGAGGGGCCAGGCUGGGAGCAUCAUGACUUGGGAUGGGAGAGGGAGAAUGUGGAAGAGAGCUCCCAGCAAGUAGUACAGGCGAAGCCCUUCUGUCUGUCUUCUCCUAAACCCCUGGGGGACAUACCAGUGGAGUCUAUAUGGACAGAUGAUGACUUCUGGGGCCCCACAGGGCCUGUGACUCCAAAGGUGGUGGAUGAAGACAGAGGUCUAUACCGAGUUCACUUCCCUGUGGCUGGUUCCUACUACUGGCCCAACACAGGUCUCUACUUUGUGGUGAGAGGGCCAGUGACCAUUGAGAUUGAAUUCUGUGCUUGGGACCAGUUCCUGGACCAGAUUGUCCCAUGGCACAGCUGGAUGGUUGCAGGGCCUCUUUUUGACAUCAAGGCUGAACCAGGAGCUGUGGCAGCUGUGUACCUCCCUCACUUUAUAGACCUCCAAGAGGAACAUGUGGACAUCUCAUGGUUCCAAGUAGCCCACUUUAAAGAGGAUGGGAUACUUCUGGAGAAGCCAACCAUGGUGGAGCCACGUUACAUAGUCCUCGAGAACCCCAGCUUCUCCCCCAUGGGAGUUCUACUGAGAAAGAUCCACUCUUUCCUGAACAUUCCUGUCAUCUCCAAUGUGCUGCUCUACCAUCGCCUCCAUUCUGAGGAAGUCAACUUCCACCUCUACCUACUCCCCAGCGACUGCACCAUUGAGAAGGCCGUAGAUAAUGAAAAAAAGAAGUUCCAGUUUGUGCGAAUACACAAGCCACCCCCGCUGACUCCGCUCCACUGCCAACCAUGUGCUGUCUUCAUUUGUGAUAGUCCAGUGAACAAGACAGAAAGGCCCUGCCCUUGGGAAGAUGACAUUCUGGUGGAUGAGACCUACAUCAUUAAAGAAAUGGACCAAGAACCAUGA